AAGAGAUAUAUAGAUAUACUUGCAUCUGCAUAGUCGGCGCUUGUUCACAUAAGCUUUCCUUAGUCUUCCGCUUGUGCAUGGAAGGGUUUUCCCCUUUUCAGGAAAGCAACCAGCGCCUCCAGUUGGAGCCCGUCCAACUCCCAAGAAGCGAGGGUUGUAUGUGCAUACGUAUAGUGAAAUGGGGCCACUGGGCCCGGCUUCUUGCUGGCCCUACGGCAAGACGGGAAUUUGGCAAGUCAGUUUCUCUAGCCUGGGCACUAGAAGAGGAGUCGGGCCCCGGUGGAAAACUCUAAGCCGGUUAAGAGAAGUGGGUAGGCAUUGUUGGACUUCUUGGGGUACGCGUGGUCAUCGGCCGAAAAGUGGCCGGAGGAACGAAGUAGACCAGUCUGGAUGCCAUCAAGCGACUCAAGUACGUGUGUGUAGUUACUGUGUAUCAAUUAUUGUUGUUUGUUUUGAAGAUCAACUUCCUCGAUCAGAUGGAGCCACCAGGAUCGAGCACUGAUAAUCGCAGAUGAAGUAAACACUUUUCCAGGUAGGCGCACUAUAUCGUCAUCCAGGAGGGGAAGCGAACAGGGC